CCUCUCUGCUUUGCUCUCAUCAGCAGCAGUAGCAGCAGUAGCAGCAGCCCCGCCUCGCCUCGCGAGCCGCUGGCUGGUUCACCUCCAACACAAUCCCACACAUCUGGCUGUCACACAACAGUGCUGCCGCUCCGUCCGGUACCGCGGCAUGCUCAUUCACACCGGGACAUACGAAGUGGAUUUUAACUAGAGGGGCACAAUGUCUGAGGUGCGAAAAUUCACAAAAAGGUUAAGCAAACCCGGGACGGCCGCGGAAGUCAGGCAGAGCGUGUCGGAGGCUGUGAAGAGCUCCGUGGACCUUGUGGAGCAGCCAAAGAUUAUUGAGCCGCUGGACUAUGAAGCUGUGGUGUUUCAGAGAAAGGCCCAGAUCCACAGCGACCCCCACCGAGACCUGCUGCUCUGCCCCGUCGACGAUGUCUCGGAAUCCCAGAUCUCCCGGCAGAGGAGGACUGUCGUUCCUUCGGUGCCUCAGAACGCUGAGCAGGAAGCCAGGAGUCUGUUUGCCAAAGAGUGCAUCAAGAUGUACAACACCGACUGGCAUGUAAUCAACUACAAAUAUGAGGCUUACUCUGGUGAUUUCCGCAUGUUGCCAAGUAAAGGCCUGAAGACAGACAAGCUGCCAGCUCACGUGUUUGAGAUCGAUGAGGACACCAAAGACGAGGACUCGGCGUCACUGUGCUCCCAGAGGGGAGGCAUCAUGAAGCAGGGCUGGCUUCAGAAAGCCAACAUCAACAGCAGCCUGUCUGUCUCCAUGAGGGUGUUCAAAAGGAGGUACUUUUACUUGUCUCAGCUCCCCGACGGCUCCUACAUCCUCAACUCCUACAAGGAUGAGAAGAACUGCAAGGACACCAAAGGAUCCAUCUACCUGGACUCCUGCAUAGACGUUGUUCAGAGCCCUAAGAUGCGCCGCAAUGGCUUCGAGCUGAAGAUGCAAGACCGCUACAGCCACUUCCUGGCUGCGGACAGCGAAGCAGAGAUGGAGGAGUGGGUGGUCACACUGAAACAGGCUCUGCAGAGCACCACUGAGGCCAGCCAGGACAGGAGGAAUGGUGCAGAGACACUGGACUGUGCCCUGGAUGACGACACUGCCAGCCAAGGUAAAGGGGAGAGCCUGCUGGAGAGCCAGGGGAGGAGCUUACAGCCGGAACUUAUGAAGUUUGCCAGGGAGACCGACCAGCUCAAUAAGAUCAACAGGAAUGAAGGCAGACAAAAGCUUUUCUCUCUGGAUCCUGAGACACAGAGGCUGGACUUCUCCGGCAUCGAGCCAGAUGUGAAGCCAUUUGAGGAGCGUUACGGCCGUCGUAUCGUGGUCAGCUGCCACGACCUGACCUUCAGUCUCCAGGGCUGCGUCAGCGAGAAGGGCGACGGCGUCCUCACCAAUGUGGAACCAUUCUUCAUCAGCCUCGCUCUCUUUGACGUCUCCAAGAGCUGUAAGAUCUCGGCCGACUUCCACGUCGAUCUCAACCCGCCCUGCGUCAGGGAGAUGCUGACUCACGCCUCGGGCCAGCUCUCUCCUUCCUCGGACUCAGAGGGUGGAGGAGGAGGAGUCAGGGAGGGAGGUGGGGUGAUGGUGAACGGAGACUCGAAGGUGAAAGGGAACGGCCUGCCGGUUCUUCAGAGGGUGUCGGAUGCUCUGCUGCGUUUCCCUACACAGGGUAUCUUUUCAGUGACCAACCCUCACGCAGAUAUCUUCCUGGUGGCCCGUGUAGAGAAGGUGUUACAGAACGGCAUCACACACAGCGCCGAGCCGUACAUCAAGACCUCUGACGCCAACAAGACUGCUCAGAAGGUGCUGAAAGCUGCCAAGCAGACAUGCCAACGCUUGGGCCAGUAUAGGAUGCCGUUCGCCUGGGCUGCCAAGCAGGUGUUCAAAGACGCUCAGGGCAGCCUGGACAUGGAUGGGAAGUUUUCUCCUCUCUACCGCCAGGACAGCAGCAAAGUCUCCACUGAUGACAUCAUCAAGCUGCUGGCCGACAUCAGGAAACCUGAGAAGAGCAAGCUUCAGACCAUCCCUGGACAGCUGAAUGUCACCAUCGAGUGUGUCCCACCUGACUUCUCAAAUACGGUGACUUCCUCUUACGUUCCUGUCAAGCCCUUUGAGGACGGCUGCGAGCGGGUGUCAGUGGAGGUGGAGGAGUUUCUCCCCGAGGAGGCCAAGUACAACUACCCCUUCACCACCUACAAGAACCAACUCUACAUCUUCCCCCUGCAGCUCAAAUACGACAACCAGAAGACCUUCACCAAGGCUAGAAACAUUGCAGUCUGCGUCCAGUUCCGAGACUCCGAUGAAGAAGGUGCAACCCCUUUAAAGUGCAUCUACAGCAAGCCGGGAGACUCCCUCUUCACCAGCAGCGCCUACGCAGCCGUCCUGCACCACAAUCAGAGCCCCGAGUUCUACGACGAGGUGAAGAUUGAGCUGCCGGUCCACGUUCAUGAGAAACACCACAUCCUCUUCACCUUUUACCAUAUCAGUUGUGAGUCCAGCAGCAAGGCGAGCAGCAAGAAGAGGGAGGGAGUAGAGUCACUGGUGGGUUACUCCUGGAUGCCUUUGCUGAAAGACGGGAGGAUGCAGUCAGUGGAGCUCCAGCUGCCCGUAGCAGCCACCCUGUCUCCUGGAUACCUGUGUCAGGACACCAGGAAGUCCCAACCAGAUAUCAAGUGGGUGGAAAAUGCCAAGACACUGUUCAAAGUGAAGACCCAUGUGGCAUCAACAAUAUAUGCACAGGACCUGCAUCUACACAAAUUCUUCCAGCACUGCCAGCUGAUGAGGACGACAUCAGAGGGCAACCCAGCAGAACUGAUCAAAUACCUGAAGUGCCUGCAUGCCAUGGAGACUCAAGUAAUCAUCAACUUCCUACCAACGGUGCUGAUGCAGCUGUUCGGGGUGCUCACAGCAGCAACCAAAGAAACCCAUGAGAUUGCAGUCAACUCUCUGCGUGUGAUCAUACAUAUAGUCUCCAGAUGUCACGAGGAGGGCCUGGAACACUACCUGCGCUCUUUUGUGAAGUAUGUGUUUGUAACCAACAACCCCGCGUCGGGACACUCAGCGACCACCCAUGAGGUGCUGGCCACCGCUGUAACAGCCACCCUCAAGCAAACUGCUGAUUUCAACACCAGCAACAAACUGCUCAAGUACUCCUGGUUCUUCUUUGAAACCAUGGCCAAAUCCAUGGCCCAGUACCUGCAAGAGGGCAACCGCAUAAAGAUGCCGCGGGCCCAGCGCUUCCCCGACAGUUUCCACCAGGCGCUCCAGUCGCUGGUGUUGUCCAUCAUGCCACACAUCACCAUCCGUCACAUGGAAAUCCUCGAGGAAGCUCGCUGCGUCAACCUGAGCCUGGCCAAUUUCAUCAAGAGGUGCCUGACCGUCAUGAACAGGGGCUUUGCCUUCGGCCUGGUCAAUCACUACAUGUGUCAUUUCGGUCUCAAAGAUCCCAAGGUGCUGACUGAAAUGAAAUUUGAUUUCCUGAUGACAGUAUGUAACCACGAACACUUCAUCCCUCUUAACCUGCCCAUGGCUUUCGGGCGCACCAAGCUGCAGAGGGUACAAGAUUUUAUUCCGUAUGCGACGGAGCUUUUUGGCCCUGUAGAGCAGAGUCUGGAGUUCAGCCUGACAGAAGAAUACUGCCGUAACCACUUCCUAGUUGGCCUGUUGCUGAGAGAAGUGGCUGAGGCCUUGCAGCAAGGGCCCGAGGUCAGACAGCUGGCCGUGAGCGUUCUCAAGAACCUUCUCAUUAAACACGCCAUGGAUGAUCGCUACACUGCAUUCAAGAACCAGCAGGCCAGGAUCUGUUUGCUCUACCUGCCACUUUUUGAGCUGCUCUACCAGAACCUGAAGCAGCUGUCUGCCCAGCCGCACACCUCCAGCCCCGGGCUCGGCCUCAAUGGCUCCAGAGAUGACCUGAUAUCAACCGGCUCCACAGACAGCAGGAGAAUCAGCACUGCAAUUGAGAGAGACCAUGGUCUGCCAGCUCAGAACGGCCAUGUUGUGAGGAGAGAGGACUCCAGAUGCUCUCUGUUUAUGGACUCAGGAACACCAGACAGCACUGAGCUGCAGAGACGUGGCUCCACCAUGAGCAGCAGCCCCAUGCCUCCCAUCGGCAGACUGGGACAGUAUGAGAUCAGGGGCCUCCUGCUCUCCUUCCUGCACAUCGUCAAGACCUUGUCAGAGGACACUCUCAUGGCCUACUGGAACAAAGUCAGCCCUCAAGACAUCAUGAACUUCCUCAGCUUGCUAGAGAUCUGUCUGGUUCAGCUCCGUUACAUUGGGAAAAGGAACAUUGUCCGGAGUCAGGACAUAUGCGUACCGAAGCUGUUCUCCUCAGACAGGAAGUCUCAGACGAUGCCGGCUAUGCGCUGCAACCGAGCCAGCCUCAUGCAGACGAAGUUACACCAGUUCAGCACCAUGGAAACCUCCCUCACUCUUAAUAUCGGGACAGGGCCAUCAGAGGCAGAGAUCCAUCAUCAGGCUCUGCUGGAGGGCAACAUCUCCACUGAGGUGUCCCUGAGUGUCCUGGAUGUCCUCUCUCUUUUCACUCAGUGUUUUAAGACCCAGCUGCUGGACAGCGACGGUCACAACCCCCUGAUGAAGAAGGUGUUUGACGUUUACCUCACCUUCCUCAAAGUCGGCCAAUCAGAAGCUGCCCUCAGACACGUGUUCGCAGCGCUCAGGGCUUUCAUCAACAAGUUCCCGUCGGUGCUGUUCAAGGGCCGCGUCACGCUGUGCGAGGCUCUAUGCUGCGAGGUGCUCAAGUGCUGCGUCUCCAAGCUGGGAUGUCUGCGGGCCGAGGUGUCGGCCCUGCUCUACCUGCUGAUGAGAAACAACUACGAGUACACCAAGAGGAAGACCUUCCUGCGCACGCACCUGCAGAUCAUCAUUGCUGUAAGCCAGCUGAUCUCCGACGUGGCGCUGUCCGGCAGUUCACGCUUCCAGGAGUCCCUCUCCAUCAUCAACAACUUUGCAAAUAGUGACAAGGCCAUGAAGUCCACGGCAUUCCCCUCUGAAGUGAAGGGUCUGACCAAACGCAUCCGCACAGUGCUGAUGGCCACGGCCCAGAUGAGGGAGCACGAGAAAGACCCGGAGAUGCUGCUGGACCUCCAGUACAGCCUGGCCCGGUCCUACGCCAGCACCCCCGAACUGAGACGAACCUGGCUGGACAGCAUGGCGCGAGCACACCUCAAGAAUGGAGAUCUGUCUGAGGCGGCCAUGUGCUACGUUCAUGUGGCUGCGCUGGUUGCAGAAUACCUGUACAGGAAAAAGUUGUUCCCCAGCGGCCUUGCAGCCUUUAAGAAGAUUACCUUGAAUAUUGAAGAGGAAGCUGCCAUGAGGGAAGACACUGGAAUGCAAGAUGUCUAUUACACUGAGGAAGUCCUGGUCGAACACCUCGAGGUCUGUGUGGAGGCACUGUGGAAAGCCGAACGCUAUGAGCUCAUCACGCACAUUGCCAAGCUUAUUAUCCCCAUCUACGAGAAGCGUCACGAGUAUGAGAAACUAAGCCAACUGUACAACACGUUGCACAGAGCCUACAACAAGAUAAUGGAGGUGAUACACUCAGGCCGCAGGAUGCUUGGGACAUACUUCAGAGUGGCCUUUUAUGGACAGGGCUUCUUCGAGGAGGAGGACGGGAAGGAGUACAUUUACAAAGAGCCCAAACUCACUGGCCUGUCUGAAAUCUCUCAGCGGCUGCUGACGCUCUACGGGGAAAAGUUUGGGCCGGAAAACGUCAAGAUAAUACAGGACUCAAAUAAGGUUAACCCCAAAGACCUGGACGCCAAGUUCGCCUACAUCCAGGUGACGUUUGUCAAGGCCUACUUUGACGAGAAGGAGGCACCGGAGAAGAAGACUGACUUCGAGAAGUGCCACAACAUCAACCGCUUUGUGUUCGAGACGCCGUACACGCUGUCGGGCAAGAAACACGGCGGGGUAGAGGAGCAGUGCAAGAGGAGGAGCAUGCUCACAACUAGCAACACCUUCCCCUAUGUGAAAAAGCGUGUGGAGGUGGUGGGGGAGAAGCAGCUGGAGCUGAAGCCGGUGGAUGUGGCCAUAGAUGAGAUGAAGGCGCGGACAGCGGAGCUGACCAAACUCUGCUCCAGCCAGGAAGUGGACAUGAUCCAGCUGCAGCUCAAACUGCAGGGCUGCGUCUCUGUGCAGGUGAAUGCCGGUCCCAUGGCCUACGCCAGAGCAUUCUUGGAUGACAGUAAAUCCAACCAGUCAGGCAACAAGAAAAUAAAAGACCUCAAGGACAUUUUCAGGCGUUUUGUCCAGGCUUGCAGUAUGGCUCUGGACAUAAACGAGCGUCUGAUCAAAGAGGACCAGUUUGAGUACCACGAGGGCCUGAAGGCCAACUUCAAAGACAUGGUCAAGGAGCUAUCUGACAUCAUCCACGAGCAGCUUUGAGGAAAAACAGAUCUACCAGGAGGAUAUGAUGCGCUCACUCUUACAAAACUCCCUCCAUGUGUUUCGUGCCAUCAGCGGGACAUCCACCAACGUGGGCUGACCACCACCGGCCUCCGUCCCUCCCUCCCUCCCUCCCUCUGCUGCCGCCUCCACCUGCCUACAUGUAUAUCCUCUCACCUCUCCCUUUAAGGACCUGAACUUGUUUUUCACAUCUGUCUAGCUACACUUGCCCAAACAGUCCCACAGCAGCAGUAUUUCGGAGAAUGUAUUGCAGCAGCUCCAAUCAAAAUGUCAGCGUGUCAGGUUCAGGUGUUUUGCUGGGACAUGCUCAGUUGCACUUUCUUACUGCCUUUGUGAUGAAGUGCAGGAUUGACUUAUUAUUUUAUUUUUUAUUUUUACAGGGAGAUACUUUACUAAAGCAAUUAUUCCCGUCCC